GUCUAUACCACAACUCCAUCCAUACAAAGUCGCCGCCUGGCAGAGAAGUUCCUUUGGCGUCAUCGCCGUCAUUGCCCUCGCGUUGCCAUAGCGGCCAAGGCGACAAUGCAACGACCGCCAUCUGCCCCAGCUUCCGGCCGGACGGACAGUGACACUCGGUCGGUCCAUGUCAUGGCCAACCUUUUUCCUUCUUUGACCACAGAGACUGACGGAUUCCACUGCCCACGGGGCCACUGUGUCGCCCGCCUGCGACAUGGACAUCCCGGAGUCGGCUCGAAACAGCCACGAGCACACGAACAGAAGCCAUUUUCAUAGGCGGAACUCAAAACUGACGCCUGUCGGUGCUGGGAUGUCUCUGGAGACGCCCGUCGUCGUCCGUUGCGGUGUUUGUUUACUGCGCGCUCUGAUGCAAAUGCGCAGUUCUGUUAUUACAAAAGAGACGGUAAUGCCUCCAUCUGCGACGACAACAUAAAAAUCUGCAUCACUCGGCAUACUUGUCCAGUGUUGCCGCAUAAUUCUACUAUUGUGUACAUCUCGUUCACAUUAUUAUUUCAUCUGUCACCUUCUGUCUUGUUUCGCUGCGUCUGUAGAACCACUACUACCUAAUAUAUCCAUCGCUCUUUAGCUGCUCGAUCAAACAACACACACACACACACACACAUCAAUAAUGCCGAAACGAAGAGCGGCUUCGCCAGAUCUCACUGAUCGAGCGCGGAAGAGACUGUCGCUGACAGCCCUGGCGGCGAAAGCAUCGAGCUCGUCUCUCCGACACGAACAACAAGGAUCCUUUUUGAACAUAUUCACACCUCACACACGCAUCAAGCGGAGCGACUCCAUCAUCUCACGAGCGUCUUCGCGUCCGCUUCUCAGGCCCGUUCCCCUCCAACCAGGCUUGACCAUCUCCGGUCGCGGCCUACAGACACACCCGGAUCAUGAUGUUGCCUCAAUCAAGGAGCUGCUAGUAUAUCCUACGUCUCUGGCCAUGAUCAAACCGAGUUGGAUCUUCCGAUACACAGUCAACUGCACCCCUCAGCUGGGACCUGCUCUGCCUGAUGCUGUCGAACAUGCGCUGUACCAAAAGUACAUUGGCGCUCGUCUGCAUCCUAGACCCGAACAGUUGCCAUAUAUCCACCUGGGCUCGACCGCCCUCGGAUUCCGUGUCGACUUUUAUCUGAUCUUGCCUUUUGCGUCCACAUCUUCGGGACAUUCCGGCACCGGCAACAUGUGCUCCAGUGACUUGCAAGCAGUGUAUGAUCUCUGCAUCAGGCCUGCCAUCGAGACUGCCUACCCUCGUCGUCAACGCUGGAUGUCGUGGAUUGAAGCCAAGAACGAAUCACACCUCAAGCCUCUCAAGUCCCGCCGCAGGUCCGCUCGUUCGGAGCCACAAGAAGAACGAGUACACUGCGAAGGUCUCCGAACGCUGUGGGAUGCCAUUGAAGUCUUCUCCGACCACCAGGACAUUGCUCACAUCAUGCGUGGCAGACAGCUCGUGGCAUACGGGGAUGUCGAGGUGCACGACUGGCAGUCCGAUUGGAGA